UGGGUAUAUGACGAUUGUUGCGAGCGAAUCCACGCGAGAGUUGAUGACGUCUUCCAGCGACACGUCAGCCAGACGGAACCAACCUGGCAACUGUACAUUGAUAAUUCGAGGAACGACAUUUUGGCGAAAUGGGGGGUUUCUUCUCCAGUCUCUUUUCUGGCCUGUUUGGCACCAGGGAGAUGAGGAUUUUGAUCCUGGGCUUGGACGGCGCAGGGAAAACCACCAUUCUGUACAGGCUGCAGGUUGGAGAAGUGGUCACCACGAUUCCUACUAUUGGUUUCAAUGUUGAGACAGUCACAUACAAGAACCUGAAAUUCCAGGUGUGGGAUCUGGGAGGACAGACCAGCAUCAGACCCUACUGGCGGUGCUAUUAUUCAAACACAGAUGCUGUGAUCUAUGUGGUCGACAGCAGCGACCGUGACAGGAUGGGCAUCUCCAAGUCAGAGCUGGUGGCCAUGUUGGAGGAAGAAGAGCUAAAGAAAGCCAUCCUGGUGGUGUUCGCCAACAAACAGGACAUGGACCAGGCAAUGACGCCGACUGAAGUGGCCAACGCUCUGGGCCUUCCUGCCCUCAAAGAUAGGAAGUGGCAGAUCUUCAAGACCUCAGCCACCAAAGGAACAGGCCUGGAUGAGGCUAUGGAGUGGUUGGUGGAUGCCCUGAAAAGUCGGCAGUAAGAGGAGUCCCAUUCUGUAUAUACUCCUAAACUUUGACACCCUCGCUUUGAAGCCUUUUUUUUACUGACCCUUACUCAUUCCCCUAUUUUUCUUUGGACCAGUGAUUGCACUCCUCCUCUAGUCAUACACCCACAUAAAGCCUUGACCAAGUCCUCCCAACGCCUAACGCCUUUUAAGCCUGGGACUGAGAAGAGAAGGCUGCAGUAACAUCUGGAGUCAGCACAGAUAUUUUUAAAGUAAAUCCCUGUGUCACAUGACACAACCUCAAGAAUCAACUCCUGUCAUUUGGCUUUAAUGAGCUCCAAUGUCAGUGACAAGAAGAUCCACCAGGGGGAGAUAAAGCGGCACACAAUAAACAUGGCUUAUGUUUCUGGAG